AAGACACCAACACGUUUGUUGACGAUAUUUUAGUAGAAAAAUUGCUUACAGUGAGAAGUGCUAUUUACGCUUCAUAAACAGUGUUCAAAAAUGGAUCAUAAUCAUGCACAGGAAAAUAUUGACGUUAACGAGGAAAAAUCUUGUCCAUCUUCAAUGGUGUUUCACGGCGGGCAUUGUGAAAGAAUUCUAUGGAAAGAUUGGAUCGCCAGUAGUAUUCCAGAGUUUUUAUUUGCAAUAUUAGUUAUAUUUUCUGUUGCAUUUUUGUAUGAAUUACUUAAAUGUUUACGUGAAUAUUUACUAAGAUUAACAGUGAGAAAGGAAGUGAAACGUAUGACACUGGAAAUGGAAAUGAAAUCGAACAGGUGUCACUCGAAACCAAAAGAAAUUCGAACACAGACAUAUCUGGAACGUCUAUUAGCUGCUCCACAUAUUAUACAGACCUUAAUUAAUUUAAUACAAAUUAUAAUAUCCUAUUUACUAAUGUUAGUAUUUAUGAGCUACAAUUAUUGGAUUUCUUUGGCUAUUAUUUUAGGUUCAGGUUUAGGAUAUUUUUUUUUUGGGUGGAUUAAGCAGGAUAUGAAAGAAACAGAAUGUUGCUGA